UGGUAAUGCCAGAAAUACACAACUAAUUAUGUUCGUUUUCAUAUUCAUAUUAUUAAUAAUUUGAUACUAUAAGGUUCAUAAAUAACAGUAGCUACAAACACAUUUGAUAUGGUGUAGCGUAAGUUUUAACCUGGGAUACCUCUUUCUAGUAAGAGGACCAUGGUUUUUGUUGUGAUGCCACAGCUUCCACCUACCUGGCAAAUCUUCGUGAUGGUAACUUAGUGUGGUAGAGAAAGUUUUUGUUUGAACUUUGAAUGUUGUUUGAUAUUACAAAGACUACCCUUUACCCCUACCCCACAUUAUAUGUAACCUUCAUUUUGUCACUAUGUGGAAACUGAAAACUGCUUUUUUAUAUAUAAACAAGCAUGUUGUCCACUGCUUGCUAUAACAUCAUGUGCUUUGCUCUCAAACUUUUCCAUCACUUCAAGGUUUUCCCUUCUCUUCAAACGGUCGCUCGGGAUAUUUAAACACCAGAUAUAAUUUAUCACCCUAAGCUUGAAGGUCCUGCAAUUGUUCUGCAGUUUGAAAGGUUUAUGCCUAUAAUGGAGAAAAAUGGGAAUGUCUUGAUGAAUAAAUAUGAGUUUGGAAAACUACUAGGCCAAGGAAACUUUGCAAAGGUUUACCAUGCAAGGAACCUGAUAACUGAUGACAUUGUUGCUAUUAAGGUUAUUGAGAAGGCGAAAGUCCGAAAAAUCGGAAUGGAGCUUCAAACGAAGCGAGAGAUCUCUAUCAUGAGACUGAUCAAACACCCGAAUGUUUUGCGGCUUUAUGAGGUUUUGGCCACCAAAAAAAAGAUAUACUUCAUCAUAGAAUAUGCCAAAGGAGGCGAGCUUUUCGCUAAGAUAGCGAAAGGUAGACUUUCUGAGGACACUGCUAGGAAGUACUUCCAACAGUUGAUGAGUGCUCUUGAAUUUUGCCACAGAAAGGGUGUUUAUCAUCGGGAUUUGAAGCCCGAAAACUUGCUGUUGGACGAACACGGAGACCUUAAAGUUGCUGACUUUGGAUUGAGUGCGCUCGUAGAAUCUCAUAGCCGAAACAACAUGCUGCAGACUGUUUGUGGAACUCCUGCGUAUGUAGCUCCCGAGGUUGUACGCAGAAGGGGUUAUAAUGGAGCAAAAGCUGAUGUUUGGUCAUGUGGAGUGAUCUUAUAUGCUCUUUUGACAGGUCACUUACCUUUCUAUGAUAUGAAUCUAAUGUCAUUGUAUAAGAAAAUAGGCAGGGGAGAAUAUGAAUGCCCGGGCUGGUUUCCGGUCGAACUGCGCAGACUAUUAGCUCGAAUUCUUGAUCCUAAUCCAUUUACUAGGAUAUCUACUGCCAAAAUUUCGGAAAAUACAUGGUUCCGAAGAGGAUUGGAUACCAAAUCUUUUCAAGUGAAAAGAGAGGUUACAAAUGUGGCUGCAGUUGUUGAUUCUGAUAAUGCUGUUACUGGCUUGUAUGAAAAUGGAAGUGAUUCUGUUGAGGCAAAUCAAGAAGCAUUGGUUCUUCAACCAACAUAUCUUAAUGCUUUUCAUAUACUUUCUCUGUCUGCUGGACUUGAUUUGUCUGUCCUUUUUCCAAGUACUGAUGAAAGGGAAGAUAUCAAAUUUACAUCCAUGAGCUCGGCUGCGUCUAUCAUAUCUGCAAUAGAAGACAUUGCUCACAUUUUGAGGAUGAAGGUAAUUAAGAAGAAUGGAGGGUUGAUCAAAUUGGAGAGGUCUAAGGAACAUCAUAAAGCGCCGCUUGUUAUUACUGCUGAAAUAUUCGAGUUCGCUCCGUCUUUCUAUCUGGUCGAGAUAAAGAAGUCCUGUGGCGAUGCAUUGGAAUACCAGGAGAUAUUGCAGGAACAUAUCAAACCUGGUCUCAAAGGUAUUGUCUGGAUUUGGCAAGGUGAGCUGAACAACAGUAGCAUCAAGGUGGCGGUGUCUAGUUCUUAAAAGAAUCAUUGAUUUCAGAUUUUGAACUAUUUGUUUCAGUGAAAAACUUAUUAUGAUGAUUGAAUUGUUGAUGAUUAUACCAAUGAUUUGAAUAACUAUUUUAUUCCUGUAAUAUACAUUUUCUUUGGUUUUA